CGUCCUCCCGUUUUGACAGAUUGGUCCGGUGUGCGCGUACGCGGCGCCCGUUCCACGUGAACUCUUUGUUUGGGCGCCGGCGGUCAUGCAUCCGACGUGCGCCGCCGCCGGGACGACCGCGGGGUGAUAGCCGCACGUUUGUCGCAUGGGAGGCCCUCCUGUGAUGGCAGGGAAAGAUGGGAAGCUAGAGUCAAAAGGUGGAGACGUUAUUCGGCAGGGAUUCAUGAUAAAACGUUCCCAGAACAAGAAACGUUUUACCCCGGUCAAUUAUAAGCAGCGAUGGUUCGUGCUGACCAAACACUAUCUCAUCUACUACGACGGAGAUGGUGAGCGCCGCAAGGAACGCGGACGGAUCGCCGUGGAAAGCGUCCACGUGGUGGAGACGGCCAGCCUCGGAAAUGGUAGCACCGGUGGCGGAGGCGGUGCCAUCGGCGACGUGGCGGGCGGCGGCGACGCCGUCGGCGGAGGUGGCGGAAUACCAUCCGGACUGCCUUUCCAGGUGGGAUAUCGGGAAGCUGGUCAAGAGUACACGCUCUACCUGCUCGCCGCACGCGAGCAGGAUCGCGCCGAAUGGAUACGUGCCAUACGCGCUGUGUGCAGCGAAAAUUCGGGCUUGAGCGGGCGUUACCACGCGGGUCUGUGGAGCGGAAAACGUUGGUCCUGCUGCCGAUUAUCGACUCGCUCCGCCGAAGGCUGCGACACUUGCAGCUCUUGGUCCUCGAAGCCAGCUACUAACGCUACGAAUUCGUCCUCGACAACUACGUCGGCUUCGACAACAUCGUCAUCCGUGCCCAGCGGCACCGUUAACAAUACCAUUUCGACAACCACCGUCACAUCCGAUCAUCGUUCACAAUCGACAAACGCCGAGGCGAAUAACAAUCCGAUCGUCCAAUCCCAGACUCGCUCGACAAUUGGUUCGUACUUUACAUUUAUGCGCAUUUAUACGUUUCCGUCCCUUGUCUUCGGCAAAACCGAAUUUAAUUGGCCACUGCCGAAUCGAUGCGCGGCCUCUCUCGUUUCGAUGUUCAAUCCCGCGAGAAUUUCCGAGAUUAAUGUCGUUUAAUGAUGAAUUUGUUAAUUACCGAAUUAAAAAUGGAAAAUCUUUUUUUUUUUUACUUGCAUCGGACUUUUUUUAUGCUGAUGUACCAACUCAGUGUUGUUAUAUACGGUACACUUGUCACACACACAAAACUUGGCACCAUGUUUUAUGCAGCCAACGAACAAGCUAAUUACGUCCCAAUGGAAUAUAUAAACAAUCGCUGGCGAUGUACAUGAAUGUUCGGGUUAUCGCGGAAGAAAUAUUGCCCGAGCGUAUUGAAAUAACGCAUAAAACGGACCGGGCGGGCGGUCAAUGGUGCAUGUGAACAGCAAUGUGUAAUUAACUGAUCGUAGCUUUAUCUCGUUAAAUAUUUAGUAACGCGCGUAAUAACGAGUCUAUCUUGUUUCAAGAUCGAAUACCUCCGUUUAUUGACACGUUAUAAACUCAUUCUAUUUGCGAAAUUAUCCAUAUUGUGGAUUAAGCAGUGAAUUCCCCUAUGAAGGAAAUAUUAUUUUUCUCGUAACGCGGUGGUGCUAUAAGUACGCAGGGACGAUAGAAAUGAAUUGUUUCCCAACUGAUUUUCUUACAGAAAAAAAAUUACUGUUGCUACAACAUAAUUUAAUUGUGAUAAUUUUCAUCCAUCAAUACAAAAGGGUUAUAGGAACUAAAAUACUUUGAAAAUGACUUAUAUAAUUAAUUGAACUCUCAGUCUCAAUGUUGUACCGUGCACCUAUAUUCUAUAUAUCUAUAUUCUAUAUAUCUCUCAAUCAUACUAUUUGUUGUGCAGACCACAUUAGAAAGAUAAUAAUACUUCGAUUGAGGCAACCACAUAUAUGAAGAUAUUUUAACUAAAUAUUACUUAUCAUAAGAACUACGUUUGCGAGAACCGUAUAAAUUUCAAUAUAAUAUCAAUAUAAUUUAAAUUUACAUAUAUUUUUAACUUGAAGAAAUAUAUUUCUUUUUUAAACGUAGAAACUAUUGUUGCAACAUCCAUAACAAUUUUUUCCGUGCUGAGUACGGAUUUCUUAUAAUCUUACAACUUCUCUUGACCUGGGAAAGCUCAUGCAUUUCCAAAGACGGAAUGCUUAAAGUACAUAUCCAAGAGCAGGGGGCAAUAUCCAGUGCAGCGCGAAUUUUUCUAUUGCUUUCACGAAACUUAUAUUUUUAACGAAAGAAGAUAAGGGACUAUAUUUAGCAAUAAUAAAAGACUAGGCCAAAAUGAGCACACACAAUGUUUAUAUAUACAUAUAUAUUAAAGAAGCAUAUACGUACAUAGAUUUAAAAUUUUAAAAAUAGCAGAUACUCAUAUUUCGCAAAUAUAUUGAACGUUUCGAACUAUAUAGAGUUUUCUUCAUCAAAAAUUAAAAAAGAAAAAGAGAAACUGUAUUUAGAAUAAUGUCGUCGAAUAAGAUCUGAGUGAUUCCGUUUCAAAAAUAAGCACGAUUGGUAAGUUACAUGUUAACGUGUCUACCGAGAUGGGGAUGUACACUCGUGUACGUGUGCGCGUUUUCGCUUUUGAAAGCCUUUGUCGUCAAUCUUUCUUCGCGAGGACGAGACGAAAAACAAUGAAACGGAGCUUUGCUGUAAACAAAACGGUAUCCGUCGUGAUGUAGGAGCCUCUCUGGCAUCUGUCGCGAAAACUUUUCCCUUAGACAGCGGAAGCAUGACAUUUUUCUGUACCGUUGAAACAUCCUGACUUUUCGAACUCGGCGAAUCCGAAACUUCGAAAUCGUAUCGCCGUAAAAUCGUCUCUCGGUCAAGUGUCAUUCUUUCUCAAUAACCCCAGAGCGAGCGUUCCAAUUCCUUUAUCGCUCCGGGCAAGACAGCUCCCCUCCGAUUUCGCCCAAUAAUGCUCCCGAUAUCGCGUGUCGGUAAUUGAAAUUUCGCAUCGUCGCGAUUUCACGUAAUGAACGCAUUUCCAUUUGACGGAAAAUGGAAUUUGAGAACGGGAAAAAGAAAUCUCUUUCCGAACUCUUUCCCGACGUGGAUUAAUCUGAUUGUAAAGCUCAUUACUUGGAUCAAGGGCAAAUGCGAGCUUGAGGAAAUAGAGUUGUCG